AUGAAAAUUCAUAUGGAGAUAAAUCGCACCCAUUCCCGUAACACGGUUUUGGGUAUAAACUCAGUGAUUCUGGAGGAGGACCCUUCAGAUUCACUACAAACGGACGAACUGCCAAGAGACUCGAGCGCCUCAUCAAAGUACGGAACUGAUCCCGCAUUUGAGAAGGGGAAGAAGUACGAAGGACCUAUUAGUGGAGUAAAGUACGAAAAUGGCUUGCCAAAAGUACAAUGUGUGGCGAUAAUUGAGGACGUAGAGAAGAUGUUCGAUAUGAACGACUCACAAAUUGUAACACGUACACUAGAAAACACGGCUUCGAUUGACUCCUCAAAUCCGCCUUCGUUCAGCAGUUUCUUCAACUCUGUUAUUCCGAUCACAGGCGGAAAGAACAGGUUUGACUUGGCUGACUCCAACAUGUCCUGUGAAGGGACCAACUUCUCAAACAUCAACAAUGUUUCAUCGAACCUCGAGGCAGGCUCAAACACCCUCACGGCAAAGGGAGAACUCGAUAAGCCACUCUUUCUGAGUCUGAACGAGCUAAGCUCCGAUGCCUCGCCACUAACCAAGUCUGAGCGGGGACCAAACAAGGAGGUUACCCUGAGCUCAGCUCUACUGCUUGGAGAAACAUACACCAAGUUCAACCAAGAAUUCAACAGGAAGAAAGUCCCUCCAGCAUAUGAGAACUUUAAUGCUCAUCAUCUCUUCAGGCUCUGCCCGAUGCCAUCUUGCUAUGUCAUAAGCAAGGACGACUAUUUUAACUGGCGAAGAUUUUCAACACUCCAGGCCUCUUUCGAAGCACGCGCAUCUAGACUUAACAGACAUAACACCAGCUCACACCUCAACUACGACAGCACAUUCAUGGGAAAUACAGUUGCAAACACGCCAAAUUCAAACGUCACAAAUUCUAAGUAUACACUCGACCAUCAACUUGCACAUAAUUCCAGUUUCGUUCCCAAUUCCCAUAAUAUGGGAUAUAAAUCAGUAAAUUCAGUCAAUAAUAACAUAUCACAGAGUAAUAUAUCCCAAAAUACCAAUAUCACGUGUAAUAACGUGAACGGAUCAACCUUUGUUUCGGGAGCUAUAGGUUACACAAAUUCUAUUGAUGGCUCUAAUCUCAACUCAACAAAUACUGUUAAUACGAACAAUAUGAUUCCCACCAACUUUCAAGCGGAUAAAACCUUUGAAAAACAUAUGAAAUUAGGCUCAAAGGAAAAGAAGAUGAGGAACCUGAGGAAUGGAUCAAUGAGUAUGAGAAACGAAUCCUUGACCAUGAAAAAUAGAGCAAUAAAUAGCAUAGGAACUGGAACUCAGCUGUUAAGAGGGAACAGCAUGGUGUCGGUUGUGAACAAGGGUUCAUCGAGCAUGUUAAUUCUAAAGAUACAGAGUUACACCAAAAAUUAUAUGGAUAUUAAUCCUGACUUUGGCUGGCGCAGGCUCAUCGACGACAAGAACCUGCCCUUCAGCAACUUUUCCAACAACACUUACAUGUUCUAUAUCGAAUCUAAGAAGAGCACACACAUCAUCAGUCUGGGAAACCUUGCCAUAAACAUCGCAUGCAGGGCAUUUAUCCUCGCAGUCACUCACGGGUACCUUGACCACAGUCUCGUCCCAAGCUAUCUACUCAGGUACCUACCCAACCAAACCAUUAAGCUUCACGAAUCUAUGUUAAACUCACCAUCCACUAACACACAGCAUAACCAGUUGGAUAACAAUAAACUUGAAAAACCAGACGAAAAGAGUAAAGCUGAUAAACACAAUGAAAAGGCGAAACAAGAUAAAUCUAAUGAAAAAGGAAAAUUAGAUCAUAAAACUAGUGAAAAAAAUAAAUUAGAUAAUGUUAGAAAAUUGCCCAAGCACUACUAUUAUAAAGGCGGUGUAGACUACACUGACGAAGAAUGCGGUCGCGAGACCAUGUACCUAAAAAGUAAUUUCCUGGGAAUUUUCGCCAUUUCAUCACUUGUGCGUAAUCUAGUCAGCGAAAAGUACAAAAACAGAUACCAGAGGAAUAAAAAAGACCCAGCACAUUCUGUAGAUUUCUUUUCUACAUCAACGUACAAUAGAUCAGUUGACACUCCUAGUUUUAACAACGUUAACACUAGUAAGAGCUCCAGUACCAUUACGUCUGACCACAGCACUAGUGGUGCCAAUAGUAAUAGUGUUAAUAAUAGUAUGGAUGAAAAAUCAGUGAACACUCCUGUACCAAAUACUUAUUACAAUAGUAACAAUAGCGGGAACGGCUUUUACAAAUAUGUACCAAUACCAGAAUACGGAUGGAAACUCGUAUCAAAGGCGCCGCAUGAUGUUAGAGAAGACCCUCGGCCCGACGGACUCUCGAAGUUCUUCUCUCGCCUUUUCAAAAGGAAGCCAAGGUUCGAGACCCUCUAUCCAAACACUCUUCUCUGCAAGGUUAACCCUCCAUUGGCCUCCGAAUCCAACAACAAGAUCAUGGUUGACGCAGGCUCCUUGGGAAUGAACCUGGCAGAACAAUUAUAUAGACUAGAAAUCAGUACACAAAACAGAGAAAAAUUCCCCAAAAACACAUUUGGGUUUUCUUCACACAAUGAUAAGGUUACUUGUCCCGACGGAACAGUGUUCGAGUUUGUUCCUGAAGAAGUUAUCCUCAACACUGCAUCUCUUAUCCACGAGAUUUACAUUACACAGACCUAUUUGAUACUUUAA